GCCUCACAUUCCCCCACAGUCACAUUGAGCUCUGUGAUUCUGAGGAAUACGGUGUGCCAGCAUCCGAUCCAGUCUCCUUUCACCUGCGGGUGUUCCAGAAACUUCAAAAUGCGUCUGGAAGAACUGAAAAGAUUGCAGAAUCCUCUAGAACAAGUUAAUGAUGGAAAAUAUUUACUUGAAAAUCACCAGCUGGCCAUGGAUACGGAGAAUAAUAUUGAAAAAUAUCCCCUCAAUGUACAGCCCUUGGAAUCAAAGGUGAAAAUCAUUCAGCGAGCAUGGCGAGAGUACCUGCAGCGGCAGGAGCCCCUGGAGAAGAGGAGCCCGUCCCCACCCUCCCUCUCCUCGGAGAAGCUGAGCAGCUCUGUCAGCAUGAACACCUUCUCCGACAGCAGCACACCCGUGAGUGUCAUGUUUCUUUUUCUAUGUCCUAACUUGACAUUCAACUGAAAGCCUAGACUUUGGUUCUAAGAGAGAAAUCUUGGGAUGUGAGCAGGUGCUUUGUGACAGUGAGGAUCUACGUUGCUUAUUUGCUACACAGGAACCCAUGGUGAGAGUUUUGUCACCUCAAAAUGAAGACACAAUUCAUAAGCACAAAGUGAACUUUAUCAAGUCUGGAGAAAAUAGAUUGCAUUUAUGUGUUCUCCUUUCUCUAUUACGGAGGUGUCUUUUUUCCUUUUCUUUAUAAUAGCAUAUUUCUUUUGGUAUGUGCUGUGUGUUUCUUUUAUUGUGUGGUGCUAAUAUGAUAGAAGAUGAGAUUGGUUAUAAGGAGUAGAAAGAGAACUUUUACAGGAAGAAUCGAAAGUGGUCACACACUCAGGGGUUGCAACUCAAAUGCCUCCAGGGACCAGGUAAGUCACUGUCAUGACUGAGGUGGCCGACCUGUGCCCCUGGCUACAUGGAGAACAUAGGCCUCACCCAAAGGGCAGCGCACUUGGCUCCUGAGAAUGUGUCUUCCUGUGGCAAUACAGGCAAGCAUGGCCAAAUGUGAUUUUCGUUCUUUAGGAGAUGUCAGAAAUCUGUAUUUUUUAAGUGUUAGCAUCCAGUAAUAAAAUUUAAAAGGUAAAGCAACCCUGCCGACAGACCACAAUUGACCUACAGGCCACCAGUUUAAGAAAUCUGAGAUAGAGAGUUAAGGAAUAAGGGAAACUGCUGGAAGUAUUUAUUUUCUAAAAACUCCAGAAUUGGGAAGAAAUCACUGAUGAGGGAUUUAUGAACCAGGGUUUUGUGGAUUUAAGCAUUGUGAUCAUUUGUAACCAGUCACUGAAAUGCUGAAGAGUUAGAGAAAUGAAGUAAUUACACAAGUAUAUUACCUCCAAAAAUUUUCCUUUACUGUUGGUUAUCAUGUUUAUUAUGUGGUAAAAAGGUUUCCCAACACUCAAAACAAUGUAUUCUUUUUGGGAUCGGGUAAAAGUUACUGUAUUUGAAAUGUUUUCAGAUGGUUGCAUUGCAUAUUCUUUAGUAAA